AUGAUGUGGCUUAAUGUUGCAUGCAUAUUAUUAUCAAUUUUACGCAUUAAAGCAAUUUCAACAAAUUGCAAUUAUGAAUAUAACUAUUCAUGUGAUAAUAAUGAACGAAAAGAUACAACAAUACCAAGACCGAUAUCGCAUAUUGUUCAAAAAGGAUGUAGUCUUGAUAAUAUAAGAGAUAGCGCAAAUUACACUUUAAUACUAUCAGAAAAUGGUUUGCUACCAACAGGUAUAAUAAAAGUAAAUAUUACACUACCCAGUGCCAACUGCAUUUAUAAAGUUGCCCUACUAGUCAAUAGCACAAUUAAAAAUAAUACCGAUUGCCAUAAACAUGAAUUUACAAAUAUUUUACAUUCUGAGUUACAUUCAGUCGACCAAACAAUUUGUCCAUAUAAUUCUAAUACUGAACAAAAUCACGACAGUCUGCACCAAAAUAAUGGAUUUCUUAACAAAUGCCAGGAUAAUAAUAUUGCUCUUUAUUUUGAGCACGUCUAUGCAGGUUGUUACGCUUUACGCUUUACAAUCGAUGAUAAACUUUAUGCAAUACGCUCGAAAAAGUACAUUACAACAACUUAUCAACGUAGUGAAGUUAAGGAACCAUUAUCUCAUUGUUAUUAUGACGAUGGAAUCGGUAAUAAUAACGAUAACGAAAGUAGGAAUUUAGUAACAUUUAGAUUCGGCGUGUCAAUACUUUCUGGUUCUUCGAGUUUGGUAUUGCAAUUAAUUCCACUGUCAAUUGAAGAUGAAAGUAAAGGAGAGGCAUGUGUUAAAUAUGGUAAAAUACCUCUUGAGCCUUGGGAAAUUAGUUUGUACGGAUCAAGUUUAUCAACCAACAACUGCAGCAUAGCGAUGGUUCACGAUUCAAAUGGAAACUUGACAGAAGACAUAGAGUGUAUUUUCAUUCUUCCAGUUUUGUAUAAUCAGAGUUAUUGUUUUUUAUUAACUCUAAAUGAUGACCGGUGUGUAAAACAAACUGUGUGGAAACCACCACCAGUUCAAGACGAAAUAAGUUUACCGUGUACAUGGAUAGCACCAUGUAUGAGAGUAACUAAAUCACGACAAGCUAUUGAAUAUAAUGGAGAGCUCUCAGGAAAUAAAACUGUUAUGAGUGAUAUUAAUUUAUUAUUACCAAUAGCCGCAGGAAUAAUUAUUUUAAUAUUAGUUAUAAGCGGUACAGUUGUAUGCAUUUGUCGUCAACGUUUACGUAGCAGUCGACAAAAUCAAUAUUUAAAUGCAACUUUAAGUGAUCUCAAAAGUACGAAUUGUGAAAUUGAUUCUGUUGAUACUGACGAUGCCAAUGAAAAAUUAAAAAAACAAGAAAAUGAUUGUAAAGCGAUUGUUAUUUUCUAUGCACGAGAAUCAGAAAUUUUCAUUAAAUUUAUGGUUUAUCUUAGAGAAAUUAUUGAAUAUUUCUGCAACUGCCAUGUUUAUGAUUGGUAUGCUCCCAAUGAAUGGAAUUCAGUUGCUAAAGUCGGUGCUUUUGAUUGGGCUAAUAAUUUAUUUAAAAAUAAUUAUCGUGUCAUUUGGAUUGAUACUCCAGCUACCAGAUCGUUAAUUAAUAUUAAAAACUCAGUUAACAAUUUUCAUGAUGACCGAUUGAACAUUGAUUCAAUAAGUGAUUUUCGUGACUUAGCUUUUGCUCCAAUUCUUGAUUGCGUUAAACGAAAUAUUGAGUUGCAAUAUACGAAACAUUUUAUAGUACGAUUAGAAGGAUACUGUUACGAAAAUUCUCAAGAAGAUCCUUUUGUAGAUUUAUCACCGCAUGCCCGUUUUAUUAUUCCCCACCAUCUUAAACAGUUAAUUUCGCAUUUAGCUUUUAAAAGAUCUGAAAUGAGUGAAGAAGAAUUAAAUCGAGAAGAAAUUCUACUUCGAGAACGCUUAGCCAAAAUGAAUAGUGACUCGUGA